AUGGGCUUCUUACCAGAGUCUCCCAUUAAGCAGGUCUCCUGCACUCGUCGUAAACCACAUCUUACGCAUCAGGAGUUCCUGGACUAUCACUUCCAGAAGCACGGCGCCUUGGCCGACGAACCUGACGAGCCUGACCUCAAGCCCAUGAAAUACACACAAACGCAUAUUUUCGACGCAGCCUUUGGUGCCCGGCUCAAUGCCCACCCCAACGCAAAUCAUCCCUGGGUAGGCCGUGACGACGUGACUGAGCUCUUCUUCCGCGAUGCUACACACCUGCAAAUCUGCAUGAGUUCAGAGUUUGUUGCCGAGCGAGUGGGCCCAGACGCAUCCUUUUUUGCGGAUUUCGAGACGGCAAUUAGUCUCAUGGCUCGCGAGAAGUUGCUGAUGGUCACUGAAGAAGAAGAAAGGAUCUCAAAUGAAGGCGAGCUCGCUGCAUUGUUGUUCUUGUCACCUAGAGACAGAAAUCCGGAUGGGGAUAGUGCCGAAAAGAUAGUUUCGCCACGGUUAUUGUCUCUGCUCCAACAAUACACCGGCAACAGAACUAGCUCGGUUGCAGUCAACGUUGGCGUGGAGAUUCCUGGGCUGGAUCCCCGGGAAUACUUUGGCGGGAAGAGCAUGCCUGUUUUCUCGCUGGUGUACAAGAUACACUUAACCGGAGGCCGCGACGCAGUUCCUAUAAUCCGCAAGGUUGAGGCGGAAUUGCAGGAUGCUCUCUCUGAAAAUGUCGACUGGAGUAGUUCAUUCACGGUAUUUGGCUACGAGGCAGUCGUGCUUGAUCAGGAAAAGGGAAUUCCGGUAGUUUGA